AUGGAGGAGAUCUACCUCCACUCCCUGCCCAUCAAGGAGUACCAGAUUGUCGACUUCUUCCUCCCCACCCUCAAGGACGAGGUCAUGAAGAUCAAGCCCGUCCAGAAGCAGACCCGUGCCGGUCAGCGUACCCGCUUCAAGGCCGUCGUCGUCAUCGGUGACUCUGCCGGUCACGUCGGUCUCGGUAUCAAGACCUCUAAGGAAGUCGCUACCGCCAUCCGCGCCGCCAUCAUCAUUGCCAAGCUCGCCGUUGUCCCCAUCCGCCGUGGUUACUGGGGCUCCAACCUUGGUGAGCCUCACUCCAUCCCCGUCAAGGAGAGCGGCAAGUGCGGUUCCGUCACCGUCAGACUUAUCCCCGCUCCCCGCGGUACCGGUCUCGUUGCCUCGCCCGCCGUCAAGCGUCUGUUGCAGCUUGCUGGUGUCAACGACGCCUACUCGGCCUCGUCCGGUUCCACCAAGACCCUCGAGAACACCCUCAAGGCCACCUUCACCGCCAUCACUAACACCUACGGUUUCCUCACCCCCAACCUGUGGAAGGAGACCAAGCUCAUCCGCUCUCCUCUCGACGAGUACGCCGAUGUCCUCCGCCAGGGCAAGCGCUACUAA